AACAAUCCUCUGUAUCUUAGAGGCCAGCUUUACCCUUCAGGAUCACCAGCUUCUUCUUCUUCUUCUUCGGAAAAGUGUUCUGCAAAUACCUCUAGAUUGAGUUUGUAUUAGAUGGCCAUGGAGCCGAAAUCCACUGAAUUCUCUGAUUAUAUAAACGGAUUUAGUGUUGAGGAUUUAGAUGAUACAUUUCAACUCAGUUCUGGUCAGUACACGAAUGGAACAAUCGGAUUCGAGUUCAUUGACCCUUCUCCAGAUCUUAACUUUGUGAAUAUGAGUAUGAAUGUUCCGGUUGCGCCUUCUGAACCUGGAUCUGGUGCUCUUCUUCAGCCGGAUUCUAUAAGUACCGAUGGGAACUCGAACUCGACAUCCACAGGCUGGAGUCUGGAAGGGGAGUCUUUGUCGCCAUCGGAUGACAGCGACUCAACUGAUCCAGUUCUCAAGUACAUAACCCAGAUGCUCAUGGAAGAGAACUUGGAGGAGCCUCAUAUGUUUAAUGACUAUUUGGCUCUUAAAGAUACCGAGAAAUCGUUAUAUGAAGUCCUUGGUGAGCAAUAUCCUCAAACUAUCCAACCGCAAGUUUUGCUCAAUCUAGAUUUGGGGAGUCCUGAAAGUAAUCUUUCUGGUACUACUAAUGGCCAUUCGAAUGCUGCUAUUAUUGCCACCAGUAAUGGAACUGGUAAUUAUAUCGAUCAUCAGGGAGUUGGUGAGGUUCGAGAGCCGGUGCCUACGUUGUUACAAACUCCUCUUAGUGGUGACUACAAUUUCCAGGGCACUUUGCAAGAGCCGAGUUUACAAUUUCCUGUCAACUCAACUAAUAGGUUGAGUAACACGGGUGAUGGGACAAUGAAAUCUUCCGUGAGCGAGCUUCUAGCUCAGAACAUCUUCAAUGAUAAGGAAUCUGUUUUGCAGUUCCAACGAGGGUUCGAGGAAGCCAGUAAAUUCCUCCCGAGUAGUAAUCAACUGAUUAUUGAUCUCGAAAGCAAUACAUUUCCAAUGGGGCAAAAGGGGAAGGCUCCAAAUGCUGUCGCCAAGGUGGGAAAGGAAGAGCAGGAGCACUCACAUGAGGGGUUGAGGGGUAGGAAAAAUCAUGAACGGGAUCUCGAGGAUUCGAAAGAAGAGAGGAGUAACAAGCAAUCCGCAACUUAUACAGAAGAGACCGAAUUGUCGGAUUUGUUUGAUAAGGUGUUACUCUAUCCUGAAGGUCAACCUAUCUGUUGCUUUUAUGAUGAAAGUGUGCAGCGCGGAGAAACUAAAGCCGUGCAGCAGAAAGAACAGUCAAAUGGAGCCGGUGUCAGGAAAACUCGGUCUAGAAAACAAGGGAAGAAAGAAACGGUGGACUUAAGGACUCUUCUAAUACUCUGUGCACAGGCUAUAUCUUCCAAUGAUCAUAGAACUGCUGCCGAACUACUAAAGCAGAUUAAAGACAACUCUACUCCUCUCGGUGAUGGAACUCAGAGGUUGGCUCAUGUCUUUGCGAAUGGCCUUGAGGCACGCUUGGAUGGUAGUGGAACUGUAAUACAAAACUUUUAUGCGUCUCUAGCUUCCAAGAAGUCAACAGCUGCUGAUAUGUUGAAGUCUUACAAAGGAUACCUUAGUGCUUGUCCGUUUAAGAAGCUACCAAUUAUGUAUGGAAACAAAAUGAUUUACCACAUGGCUGGGAGCGCAAGUGCCCUUCAUAUUGUAGAUUUCGGUAUCCUGUAUGGUUUCCAGUGGCCUAUUCUUAUCCAACAUCUCUCGAAGAGACCUGGUGGGCCUCCUAAGCUACGCAUAACUGGAAUCGAGCUUCCCCAACGUGGUUUCCGCCCAACAGAAAGGAUUGAGGCAACAGGUCGUCGCUUAGCAAAUUAUUGCAAGCGCUUUAAUGUUCCAUUUGAGUACAAGGCUAUAGCAGCUCAAAACUGGGAAUCUCUUCGUAUAGAGGACAUCAAGAUUAAUAGCAAUGAGUUCCUUGCUGUAAAUUCUCUUUUUCGAUUCGAGAAUCUGCUUGACGAGACUGCUGAGGUGGACUGUCCGAGGAAUGCCGUGCUAAAGUUGAUCCGGAAAAUGAACCCUGACAUUUUCGUUCACUCCAUAAUCAAUGGAUCUUACAACUCUCCCUUCUUUGUUACAAGAUUCAGGGAAGCUCUCUUCCAUCUUUCUGCUGUAUUCGAUAUGUUUGAUAACACAUUACCUCGUGAUGAGCCUGCAAGGUUGAUGUUCGAGAGUGAGUUUUACGGGCAGGAAGCAGUGAAUGUUAUAGCAUGCGAGGGCCCUGCGAGGUUGCAGAGGCCAGAGACGUACAAGCAAUGGCAGAUUCGGAUGACAAGAUCAGGGUUGGAGCCACUUCCAUUGAACCAGGAGCUAAUGAAGUUACUUCGGAAAAUAUUGAAGGCUUGGUACCACAAAGAUUUUGUAAUUGAUGAACACAAUCACUGGAUGUUGCAGGGAUGGAAGGGCAGGAUUCUUUAUGCAACCUCCUGUUGGAUACCUGCACAGCAGUCCUGAUCAGAAUAUGGUCAAUGAUAUUUUUCGAGGAACGAUGGUCAAUGAUAGACUUCAAAAUACUGACAAAGCGAUGUGCCCUUCCUUUCCGAAGAAUCGUAUGGAGUUAGAGGAUUCCAGUUGCAUACCCUAUUUUCUAGAUAUGUUCUGUACAUUAAACUUGAGCGAUCGCAAGUGAUAAUGCUGUGGAAUAAUGGGGCCAAAAUAUCUAUGAUCCUGCUCUUUUUUCCCCUUAGACAACAUAUUUGCCUGCUAGCUUUCUUGUUGUGAUGU